AUGUACUCUAUUUGGAAUGUAAGGGGCCUGAAUGACCCUAGCAAAGUGGCCUCUGUAAAGAGGUUGCUUCAUUCCCAUUCAGUAGAUGUUGUUAGUCUUCUUGAAAUAAAAAUCAAAUUGAAAAAUGUUCUCACAUAUCAGAGGAAGUUUGGCUCUUCUUGGCUUUGGAUAUACAAUUAUGAUCAUUCUUCCAAAGGGAGGAUCUGGCUUGGUUGGAAUGCAAAUAGAGUAACUAUUAAUGUCUUGAAGAUUCAUGAACAGUUCAUUCAUUGUAGUGUCUCUUCUAAGGAUCUUUCUACUCAUAUUCAUCUCACUGUUGUCUAUGGGCUUCACUCCAUUCAUGAUAGGCUUCCUUUGUGGGAAGGAAUUAGAAGCAUCUCUAUUCAACAUUAUCCUUGGCUUUGUGCUGGUGACUAUAACUCUGUUCUUCAUACUUCAGAUAGGCUUCAUGGUAAUGAGGUCACUGAUUAUGAAACUAUAGAUUUCCAGAGUCUGGUUGAUGAUUUAGACCUCACUGAGGUUAAGAGCAAAGGAGCCUUCUACUCUUGGUCAAAUAAGGCUCACACUGGUCCUAGAACUCUAUCUAGGAUUGAUAGAGUCUUUGGUAACCAAGAUUGGCUGGCCUCUCGUGGGCAUGUUGAGACUGCUUGGGGUUCUGAUGGUUUUGUUUGGCAGAAACUUCAUUCUGUGAAGUCUAGUAUCAAGUCUCUUAAUAGCAAGCAGUUUGGCAACAUUGAGGAAAAGAUUGAUCAAGCUAAUGUUGAGCUUUCUGGAAUUCAGAACUUAAUGGCUCAGAAUCCUGAUGAUUUGGGCUUAUAUGCUAAAGAAUCUGAUGCUAUUAAGAAUAGACAAGCAAGGAAUAGAAUUGACUCCAUCUUUGACUCUAAUCAGGUGUUGCUCAAGGAUCCGGAUGCUAUUUCUCAUGAAAUCAUCUCAUUCUAUAGGUCUCUUUUAGGGACUCAGGCUCCUUGGCUUCCUGCUGUUGACCUUGUUACUAUGAGGAGGGGUAAGCAGCUUAGCUCUACUGCUCAGAGCUAUCUCAUUAGGCCUAUUUCUCAUGCUAAAAUUGAUGAUGCCCUUAAGGGAAUUGAUAACACUAAAGCUCCUGGGAUUGAUGGCAUUAACUCCUUUUUCUUUAAGAGAGCUUGGCAUAUUGUGAAGGAUGAUAUUUAUGCUAGUGUUAUAGAUAUCUUCACUAAAGGGACCUUGCCUAAGCAAUGGAAUUGCACAACUAUCACUCUUGUUCCUAAAAUCCCUAAUGCUUCUCAUGUUAAGGAUUUUAGACCUAUAGCUUGUUGCACUAUGGUUUUUAAUCUCAAAUCUAAGGUCAUAACUGCUAGACUUGCUGCUGUCAUUGGUGAGGUGAUUGAUGAUGCUCAAGCAGGAUUCAUUCCAGGCAAGCACAUUGGUGACAAUAUCCUUUUUGCAACUGAAUUGAUCAAAGGCUAUGAUCACAAAUUUAUCUCUCCUAGAUGCAUGGUUAAGGAGCUUGGUUUUCCUCAGAGAUUUGUUAGCUGGAUCUGGACUUUUCUUACUUUUGUCUCUUAUUCUAUUCUUAUUAAUGGUUUUCCUGCCCCUCCUUUUGAAGCUAAGAAAGGUUUAAGACAAGGUGACCCUAUAUGUGAAAAGUUAAACCUAACUCACAUAAUGUUUGCUGAUGAUCUAUUGAUGUUUUCUAGAGUUGAUAGUGUUUCUGUUAAGCUUCUCUUCCAAGCCUUCUUGAAAUUCUCGGGUGCUUCUGAGCUUUCUGUUAAUCUUGAUAAAAGUGAAGUCUACUUUGGAGGAGUUUCUGUUGAUGUUCAGACAGAGCUGAGAGUGACUGCUAGAAUCCAAGGGUGGAUGGCUAAACACUUGUCCUAUGCUGGGAGGCUUCAGUUGGUGAAGAGUGUGUUGUUUGCUGUCACCAAGUUACUUUGGGAUAUUGCUCACAAGGCUGAUAAUCUUUGGGUUAAGUGGGUCCAUAUCUAUUACUUCAAGCAUAAAGAUUGUUGGACCACCCCUACCCCUGCUAAAUGCUAUUGGUUCUUGAAGAAGAUUCUGAUUUGUAGAGAUGUUGUGAAUGAUCAAGGGGGAUGGGAUGGUUUCAUACAGGGCAACAAGAUGAAAAUCAAGAAGCUUUAUGCUGCUAUUAGGCCUCAAGUCCCUAAGGUUCCUUGGAAGAGAGUUAUUUAUCAUAACUUAGCAACUCUUAAAGGUGUUUUUAUCUUGUGGCUAGCUUUAUGGAAUAGGCUUGUCACUAAGGAUAGACAGGUUUGGAACAAGGUGUUGGGUAUCUUACAUGUUUCCAAGCCUGUUCAGCAGUUUAGUGAUGAGAUUGAUUGGCUGAAGAAAAUCUGUAGAAGUUCUAGAUUGAAAAACAAAGUGAUCCAUGUGGCCUUCACUGAAACAGUUUAUGGUAUUUGGAUUCAGAGGAAUGCAGUUUUGUUUACUGCAGCUGGCUGUACUGGGUGCUGUGCUGCUGCUGCUUGCUUCAACUGCUGUUGUUGUUUUCUGCUGCUAGCAGCUUGCCCUGCUGUACUGCUGCUGCUCUACUGUUGUUGUUGUUGCUUGCUGCUCUGCUUGAUGUCUGCUCUGCUGUUGUGCUGGCCAGCAGUUGGUUUUGCUGAGGGUUGCUGUUCUAAGCAGCAGCUUCUGUUGCUGGUGAUGUGGUGGCUGCUGGUGUUGGUGCUCUGCUUGCUGUCUUCUCUGCUACACUGUUGUGCUGCUGUUUACUGCUGCUCUGUUUGGUUGCUGUUUUUUUUUUUACUGAUUUUGCUGGUCUUAGGUGCUUUUGCUGGUUGCAAUUGUUGCAAGUCAGUGUUGCUAAUUUUGAAUUCUGGUGCUUUGUCUUGUGGCUUUCCCUGA